AUGCACCUUCCUGCGGGGGUCCAGAUCCUUUGGGGAAGCUACAGAAAUGUGACAGCACCAGUGAGUGCUGAGACAUCUGGGUGGCUACCUGCAUAUCAUGGCACUUGGUUCUAUGGACUCUGGAGCAUCCUUCAUCAUGGCAUUUUCCUUGAAUCCACCGAUGAAGGCAGAGGUCAUGAAUUCUCAACACCGGGCGUCUACGUCACACGGCGCUUCGAGACAGCCAGGGAAUACGCGCGGCCGCAUCAGCUCUUUUCGGAUGGGACCUUCUACCGCUGCGUCGUGAAGGUUCGGUAUGACCCUCAAGAAGUGCGGAAACAAAAAUCCAAGGGUGGAGAUCAGGUGGUGGUUCCAAGUUGCGCAGUGGUCAUUGAAGGAGUCUUCUUCUGCGCGAACGAUCCCCCAAUGAAAGGGGAGGAACGCUUUGAAGAUUGGCAAGAUGAACUGGAAGUGAUUCCAUAUGGUAUUGUCCCAACCGCGACGGAGCGCCUUGCAGCCGCGCCGCUGGAGGUCGCGGUGCCAGAGGCGCCUGUGGAGGCGGAGGUCGACGCGGAGGCAAUGCCGUUGUUCUGGCGGGUGGAUCUGCCGGAGGUGUUGAAGGUGCUCUCGCAACCUGGCGUGCUCCCCAGCAACUUUCUACCCGUGGUGAAGCCUUACGUGGCCCUGCUCUACCUGCGUGGCCACCUGCCAGAACACCGCGCGGCAAGCCGUUGCGGCAUGACGCUGCUGCAGUUUCGAAUCGCCAAGCAGGCAUUGGAGAAGCUUCAAGGGAAGCAGGUGGCGGUGAAGAUGACGGAGUUCAUCAUCGAGGAAAACGUGGCCUGCGCCGUGGUGGAGCUCCCCAAAGGCGUGCCAUGCGCCAGCAAGAUUCCGCACCUGACACUGGGCACACGGGAAAACGUGCCGGCGCAGCAUGCAUGCGACGUCUUGGAAGAGAUCCUGAGCCAAGGGCGAACUGAAGGCAUUACUCGGAUCAAAUUGCCCAAAGCCAAGGAGCUGCUAGGCAUUUUGGACAUCGAAACCUCCGACAGCUACGCGGGGAGGAAGUGA